UGUGUAAUAUCGGCGCACGCUGAUUUGUGAGAGCUCUGCCUGGCUGCUCGCUUGGUUACUUGCAGUCAGCACAGCGUGGGCGAGCGAAUAAUUCUGUAAACGCUCCAGUUCUCUUUUGCAAACGUCCUGGUUCUCGUUUUCUAUAGAAGUUGGCCAGCAAUGUCAGAUAACCAGGAUACCGAGACGUUAUCAGGAGAGUGCGGUGAGACACAGGAAUCUCAGGACCCUAACUCAAACCCUGUGAGAACCGAGGAGGCCAAACUGAAAGCAAAGUAUCCUAAUUUGGGCCAGAAGCCAGGAGGAUCAGACUUUUUGAUGAAAAGACUUCAGAAAGGACAAAAGUACUUUGAUUCAGGUGAUUAUAACAUGGCCAAGGCAAAGAUGAAGAAUAAGCAACUACCAGCAGCAACUGGCCCAGAAAAGAGUAUAGUCACUGGUGAUCACAUUCCAACUCCACAGGACUUGCCACAAAGAAAGUCCUCCUUAGUCACAAGCAAACUGGUUGGCUAAUCACUACCUCAGAUCCUGAGUGACCCCUUCUCAAAUUUACUCUCAACUUCAGAGCUCCAUUGGGAUUGUGCACUAUUUGCUUCAUAUUUUGGGUUAUAAGGCUUUUUUUUUUUUUAAAUAACUCCUAUCCUCUCUCAACAGCUCUAGCAUGAUCCACCACACUGUCUCACACACAUCUGGCUCGAGAGCAGUCUGUUCAAUGAAGGGCCAGUUAAGGUGACAAGGCUAUUUUAAUGCACUUUAUGAUCUAUACACCUUCUCUAGGAGUGAGCUAAAAAUCUUUGUUUAAAAUCGUUGCGGUCACAGACAGUUUGAUCCCUCAUUAAAUACUAAUCAUAUUUACAGGUUCAUAGAGAUGUUCUUUGGCAUUAGCAGCAUAAGAUUGUUUUAUAAAGCAUUUAGACAUACUACUUGGCUAUUUUGGCUUCAAAUGCAUGUUUGCAAUGUCUGUAAUUUUCUCAUUUCAGUCUGAUGAAAUGUUUUUGGUUUUUGAAUUCAGAUUACGAAAUUUGGUACUCCUCAAGAGGCUCGAGUUAGAAUGGGAAGAGACCAAAAUGGAUCAAUGUAUCACAAUAAUAAAAAAUUCUUCAACCAAGGACCUGACCCAGCACAGAACAUUAUGUUCAGGUCACCUGACUUGACGUAGUUUAGUAAAACAAUGCAGCCUCGUACUGAAUAAUUAUGCGGAAUAGCUCAGGCUCAUAAUUAAGGUAAUAAAUGUAAGCAUACAUUCAUUACUUUUUUUUUCACUUGUAUCAUACACAUCAGGAGUUUCCAAGGUACAAUCAUUCAGUCUGUGAUAUUAAUGUGUGUGAAGCAGGGACACGAAGAGGAUAUACAGGCAGAUGGAAAAGCACAUUACAUGUGAUAAUGUACGUUUUAAUAAUUUGAUUCAAUAAGUGUGUUCAGGUAAGAGUUUAUAAAAAAAAUCAUUAUCCUGAUGUCAAUGUGUCUGCAUUCUUAAACAAAGAAGGCUAGCUUUUGAUCUCUAGGAUAAUUUUGUUUAGGUUUUGAUAAUAUUAAUCAUAGUUUGUAAUGAGUUUAUAGCAAAUACACCUACUUCAGAAAUCUACAAAGUUAGACUCCCUUAACUCUAAAAGUUCAAAUCCAGUUUAAAUUACUUCACAUGUACAAACCAAGGACGGAGGUGAUACAAGUCUAUCAGUAACCAAGAAGAUAAUCAGAUUUUGCUGAAAACUAUUCAGGGACUUUAACAGUAUAAUCAUAUUCAUAAUCUGCAUAUUGAGUGGAAUUCUUUGUAAAAGUGUCAUGUAUCUCACACUCAUCUGAGUGACCUUGACUGUGUCAGAUGUAAGAAUGAUGAUAAUACGGUGGAUUGAGAAAAUUUGCAGGCAAAAUCAAAAAGUAUGCAUUUUGAGCAUGAUUACAUUUGAAUGUUGUUUGGGUGUUAUUGUGAAUAAUGUAUUAUGUACAGUGUUGUACCAUAAACUCUUUUAGCUGAUCUCAAAUUGUAAAUAGAUAGCACAUUUAUUUUAAUAUUUGUAUUUGUUUUCAGCACCACAUCUUCAGUUUUCUUUAUCUCCACUCUGCAGGUUUCCUAUGACCAAAAUCGUUUGUGAAGCUGUUUGCUAAACAUCCUCCUUUGCAACAUUUUCUUGUAAUUAAUACAGAAUAUUAGUAAGAACCCCAUAAAUAGAUAUCAUUUUUCUCAUUACAAAGCUGUUAAGAGUUCAGUUAAACAGAAAACAUACUGGGUUACUAUUAAGGCAUAUGCAGUUGUAUAAAGGUGUAGAUGAGGAAACCUUCCCAAGUUGUGUAUAUUUGUAUAAUAACGACACAAGUAUCUUUAUUCUAAUAUUUUGUUGGAGUUAUAAAAGAGAUAACCAGGAAAGGCUCUUUAGGAAAUACUGCUUUAGAAACGAGAAGAUCUAUGGGGCUGGUUAAUGAGAUCCAUGCAAAUAUUUAAUUUUGCAUUAAAAGGUCAACUCACCACAGCUUUAACAUGAACUGCCCCAUCCACUGCUUGAACAUUUUGGAGUUCCAAAAACUAAUGUUUACUGUGUGUAUCUGUGUACUCCGUGCUGUACAUGCACAGACAGACAUGCAUGCACCUUACCUUUAUGUAUUUAUGAUUUCAGAAGACUACUGUGGAAUUGGCAUUGAGUAAUGAUAAACAUGCCAAGAAAAGAAACUGGUUUUAAGCAUCAUCGUAGGUGGUAAUGAUACCAAGAUCUAUCAGGUUCUGAAAGAUGGAAAAAGCUGAUGAUUGUUGUCUGGAAUAAAGUUUUACAUUGA